AUGGAGCCGGGCGGCUAUGCCAGCGUGGACGGCGCCAAGGACCUGGAGGGCUUGCUGGGGGCGGGAGGCGGCCGGAACCUGCUCGCCCACUCCCCGCUGGCCAGCCACCCGGCGGCGCCCGCGCUGAUGCCAGCUGCCAACUAUGCGCCCCUGGACCUGCCGGGCUCUUCGGAGCCCCCGAAGCAGUGCCACCCGUGCCCCGGGGCGGCCCAGGGCGCGUCCCCCGCGCCCGUGCCCUACGGCUACUUCGGAGGCGGGUACUACCCCUGCCGCCUGGCGCGCGGCUCCCUGAAGCCCUGCGCCCAGGCCGCCGCGCUGGCCGCCUACCCCGCCGAGGCCCCCGCGGCCGCCGAGGACUUCCCCGGCCGCCACGCCGCCGAGUUCGCCUUCUACCCGGGCUACCCGGCCCCCUACCAGCCCAUGGCCAGCUACCUGGACGUGUCCGUGGUGCAGACGCUGGGCGCGCCCGGGGAGCCGCGCCACGACGCCCUGCUGCCCGUGGACAGCUACCAGCCCUGGGCCCUCCCCGGCGGCUGGAACAGCCAGGUGUGCUGCCAGGGGGACCAGAACCCGCCGCCGGGGGCCUUCUGGAAGAACGCCUUUGCAGACUCCAGCGCUCAGCACCCCCCAGAAGGCUGCACCUUCUCCCGCGGCCGCAAGAAGCGCAUCCCCUACAGCAAGGGGCAGCUGCGGGAGCUGGAGCGCGAGUAUUCGGCCAACAAGUUCAUCACCAAGGACAAGAGGCGCAAGGUCUCGGUGGCCACCAGCCUCUCCGAGCGCCAGAUCACCAUAUGGUUUCAGAACCGCAGGGUCAAGGAGAAGAAGGUCCUUGCCAAGGUCAAGACCAACACAGCUCAGUGA